AUUGAUUUGUAUGUGAUAACUCUUUUUACAAUUUUGAGUUACUAAUUAUUUUUUUUUUCGUUAGUUAAUUGUUUAAAUAAAUAAUAAAACUGAUUGCUUUUUUUUUUAAAUAAUUAUUAUGAUAAUAAUGAGAAAAACAAUGUGGUUACUGUGAAAAAAAAAGAAAAAAAAAAACUUCAACUGGUCUGUCAAAAUCGUGGGAUGAUAUUUAUUAGUAUUUUCAAGAUAUCAAUAAGAAGAAAAAAUGAAUACCAAUUUUUAUGGUUCAACAAUGGAAAUGAACAGGGUAUGUCGUGUAUGUCUAGCAGAAACUGAUGGUACAGCAUCAAUAUAUACUCAACCAAUAACAGACACAAAUAUACAACAAGGUUUAACAUUUGCCCAGAAAAUAAAAAUAUGUGGUGAAGUUGAAGUUAAUAAUAAUGAUAAUUUUCCAUCAUCAAUAUGUGAAAUAUGUAGUUACAGAACAAGUGUUGCAUAUGAUUUUCGUAUACAAUGUCAAAAUUCAGAUCAACGUUUACGUUUAUAUUAUGAAAAACCAUCACGUUUAAAUUCAAUUGAAUCUGCAACCCAAACUGAUCCAAAAAUACACAUUAAAUUUCAUAAAAAUAAUGAUGAUCAAUCAAAUUAUUAUGUUAAACAAGAAUUACAAAAUAUAAAUAAUCCAACAAUGAAUACAAUUGUUUAUCAAAAUGACGUUGAACAUCAGCAUCAUCAUCAUCAACAACAGCAGCAACAUCAUCAUCAACAACAACAACACCAUCAUCAACAACAACCAGAACAACAAGUUCUUCAUCAUCAGCAUCAACAACAUCAUCAACAAGAAACAAUAAUUGAUAAUAAUAUAAUUCAAACAGAUGAUAAAUUAUAUUUAUGUCAAAUCGGUUAUGAAAAUACAACAAAAGAUCUUAAUAAAAAUUCUGUAUUAAUUGAAACACAAAAUAUUGAUGAUACAACAAAUUGCAUACAAAAUAAUACACAAAUAUUAAUAGCAACUGAUGGUAGUUGUGAACAAAGAAUUCAUGAUGUUGUUGAUGAAUCAUUACUUGAAACAAGUAAUAAUAAAACAACAAAUUCAGAUGAAUAUUUUAAUGGACAUAUUCUAGUAACAUCUGAUGGUGUUGUUGUUGCAAAACCAAGUGAACAAACAAAUAUACAACAAAAUGAUAAUUUAAAUAUAGUAUGUUCAUCAGAUAAUAAUUUAAAUACAAUAAUUGAUAAUAAUAAUGAUAAUAUAAAUGAUGAAAAUUCAAUUGAUACAAUUGAUGAAAAAAUAAUUUCAAAUCAUGAAGAAGAAGAUGAUAAUGAUGGUGAUGUUGGUAAUGAUGUUGAUGAUAUACGUCAACCAACAAUGAGAGCAGCAAAAUCAUCUGGUAAAUCAUACAAUGAUGAUAAUGAUGAUUAUCAAUGUUUAAAUGAACAAGAAAAACAAACAUAUAAUUGUAAUAUAUGUCAAAAAAAAUAUACAUCAAUUAAAAGAUUAAAAAAUCAUUCACAAACACAUGAAAAAAAAUAUAAAUGUAAAAUAUGUGCACGUUUAUUUUAUAAAUUUGAUAAUUAUGAUAAACAUAUUAAAAUACAUGAAACAAAACCACAUGCAUGCCAACAAUGUCAUACAUCAUUCACAAAACCACAAAGCCUUGAGCGUCAUUUAAAAAGUCAUAAAUCAUCAAAAUUUCAACCAUCAAUAUUUAAAAAAAUUAAUAAUAAUAAUAAUAGCAAUAAUAUUAAUAAAAAUAAUGAUGAUGAUAAUAAUAAAAAUAGUGAUAAUGAUAGUGGUGAUGGUGAUGAUGAUGAUAAUGAUAAUUUACAUAUGGAUAUUGAUGAUAAUUUUAAUAAACCACCUGGUUGUUUUAAGUGUACAGUAUGUGGACAAUUAUGUUCAACAUUAAAAAGUUUAAAAAGACAUUCAUUAUUACAUGGUGAUAAAAAAUAUUCAUGUACUGUUUGUGAACAAUGGUUUUAUCGUCCAGAUACAUUAAAAAAACAUGCUGAAAAACAUGGUCAUGGUUUGUUGGAUAAUUUAAUUGAUAAAAAUAAAUUAUAUGAUUCAUCUGAUGAUGAUUAUCCAUCAACGACAACAACAACAACACCAACAACAGCUACAUUAAAAAAUGAUAUUAAUACAAGUGGUGAUGAUGAUGAUGAUGAGGAAGAUGAUGACGAUGGUGGUGGAGGUGGUGAUAAUGACGAUGACAACCAUCAUGAUGAUGAAGACGAAGAUGAUAAUGUUAAUAAUGUUAAUGGUGAUUGUGGUGGUGGUGGCGACGAUGAUGAUGCUGCUGAUGAUGAUGAUAAUAAUAAAUAUAAAUGUCAACAUUGUGAUAAAAUAAUGAAAUCUAAAAAAGGUUUGAUACGCCAUGUAUCAAUGCAUAAACCAAAAGCUGAACCAGUAACAUGUGGUAUAUGUAAUAAAGUAUGUGCAAGUCAAGCAAGAUUAGCAUUACAUCAAAAAACUCAUAAUAAACCAAAAGAUAAAAUACCACGUGAAUAUUUAUGUCAUGUUUGUUCAAAAGUAUAUCCAAGUAAUUCAUCAUUAACAUAUCAUAUGAGAACACAUACUGGUAUUAAACCACAUGUAUGUAAAAUAUGUAAUAGUAGAUUUACAACAACAACAAGUCUUGCUAAUCAUACACGUAUACAUACUGGUGAUAAACCAUUUGUAUGUCAUGUUUGUAGUGCUGCAUUUGCUGUUAGUUCAGCAUUUCGUCGUCAUAUGACAAGACAUACUGGUGAAGCUAAUUAUUUAUGUAAAGAAUGUGGUAAAAGAUUUAAAAGAUUAAGUACACUUAAAGAACAUACAUAUACACAUUCGGGAGAAAAACCAUAUGUCUGUAAAAAUUGUGGUGUUGCAUACAGUCAUUCUGGUAGUUUAUUUGCUCAUCAAAAAAGAUGUAAAAUACAAUAUAAUGAUAUUAAUAAUGAACAACAUAAUAAUCAUAAUAUUAUUAUUAAUCAAAAUCAAAUUCAUGUUGCACAUCAUAUUCAUGUUAAUAAUGUACCAUCUGCUGUCAGAUCAUUGGGUGUUAUUGGUCCCAUGUUUUGAAUGACAUUUCAAUUAUUACUUUACAUUUAUAAUCUACUUUAUUUCAUUUUUUUUUACUCGAUAUACCAUUAAUUAAUUAUAGAAAUUAUCAUCUUCAUCAUCAUCAUCAUAUUAUAUCAUUUUGGUUCAUUAAAUUUUUAUAAAAAAAUGCAUUAUCAAUAUAAAUUUAACAAAUGAUAAAUUCAUUUGUUUUUUUAACUCUCUUAAUGAUUAAAAUUUACAAUCAUAUAUUAUUUUUUAUAGUAAUGAAUAAUUAUUAAUAAUUAAUCAAUAUACAUAUACUUUUAUAUAAAAAAAAUAGUAAUUAGGUUUUUUUUUUAUUAUUAUUGAAGAUAAUAAUCAUUGAAAAUUAUUAAUUUUUGGUACUAUAUUUGAAUGAUAUAUUUACAAUAAAAUUGUAUUAGAUAUUUAAAUAAUUUGAUAAUCAACGACCUGUGUAAUUUAGUACUACAUUUUUUUAUAAACAAAAAAAAAUAUACAAAUAUAUAUAUAGUUAUUAAAAUAGAUUGAUCUUUAUUCAUUUAAUUUACACAUUGAAAUUAAUUGUUUUUUUUUUUGAGAUUAAAAAAUUGA